CGAGUUGUGCAAUCGAACGCACUGUUUCCGCACGGAUGACAUACGCCUCGAACCUUCAAAGCUUUCCUCAUUCCACUCCCAGGCCUUUUCCAGCUCUCGCAAGCACGUUUCGUCUCUCCGGAGGCAAAUCAUCCAAGACGAUGCUCAAUUUGCUCUCGUAGAGGAAACACCUUUUCUUGACAAAUUUUCCCGUACUGCUUCUUCAAAUCUAUAUCAGGACUUUUGAAGAGGAAUUGCCGCUGGCAGUACAGAAUCAGAUACAAUGGAGGAAUCUGAGGGAACUCUUUUGAACUCACCCCUUAUUAAAAAAAUAUCCAAUGGUGAUUACACCUCGGUUUUCAAAGACUAUGGAUUGAUUGGCAUGUUGGGUGUGAUUGUUCUCUCAGUACUCAUACCCUUGUUGGUGUCCGUGAUGCUUGCGGGGAAGAAAAAAGUGAAACAAAGAGGGGUUCCUGUAGAUGUUGGAGAUGAGGCUGGUCUAGCAAUGCGCAAUGCUAGAUUGUCCAAAUUGGUUGAAGUUCCUUGGGAAGGGGCCACUACUAUGGCAGCUUUAUUUGAGCAGUCUUGUAAUAAGCACUCACAACAACUAUUUCUUGGAACUAGAGAGCUAAUCAGCAGGGACUUUGCUACAGCCAGUGAUGGUAGAAAAUUUGAAAAGCUACAUCUGGGAGAGUAUCGUUGGGAGACUUAUGGGCAGGUGUUUGAUCGUGUUUGCAACUUUGCAUCAGGACUUGUUAGAUUAGGUCAUGAUGUGGACACUCGUGUUGCCAUUUUUUCUGAUACUCGGGCAGAGUGGUUAAUUGCAUUUCAGGGUUGCUUCCGGCAGAAUAUCACUGUUGUUACCAUAUAUGCUUCUCUAGGAGAGGAUGCUCUGAUCCACUCACUUAAUGAGACCCAGGUGUCGACUCUGAUUUGUGAUUUUAAGCAACUGAAGAAGUUGGAUGCUGUAAGUUCGAGUCUAAAAACAAUGAAGAACAUCAUUUACUUUGAAGAUUAUGAGACUGGAAGUGAAUCAAAUCCCUCCAGAAAUAUGAGCACUUGGACAGUUAUGCCUUUCUCUGAGGUGGAGAAGCUGGGGAAAGAGAGUUCUGUUCAUCCAAGACUACCUAUCAAGAAGGAUAUUGCAGUUAUCAUGUAUACAAGUGGUAGUACCGGUCUACCAAAGGGAGUUAUGAUGACCCAUGGCAACCUUGUAGCAACUGCUGCUGCAGUUAUAACUGUGAUUCCAGGACUAGGAAAGAGUGAUGUUUACUUGGCAUACUUGCCGCUGGCUCAUGUUUUUGAGUUGGCAGCUGAGUCUGUAAUGUUAGCUGCAGGUUCUGCCAUUGGUUAUGGGUCGACCCUGACAUUAACAGACACUUCUAACAAAAUCAAGAAGGGAACCAAGGGGGACGUUUCUGUUUUAAAACCCACUCUCAUGGCAGCAGUUCCAGCAAUUCUGGAUCGUGUUCGAGAUGGAGUUUCAAAGAAGGUUGAGGAAAGUGGAAGUCUUGUGAAGACACUUUUCAGUAUUGGCUACAACCGCAGGCUGGCUGCCAUCGAAGGUAGUUGGUUUGGAGCCUGGGGAUUAGAAAAAUUACUGUGGGAUGUCGUGGUUUUCAAAAAAAUACGUUCUGUACUUGGGGGAAGAAUCCGAUUCAUGCUUUGUGGUGGAGCUCCCUUAUCUGGAGAGACACAGCGGUUUAUCAACAUCUGUGUGGGGGCGCCUAUUGGACAAGGAUAUGGCCUCACAGAAACAUGUGCAGGGGCUGCUUUUAGUGAGUGGGAUGACCCUUCUGUUGGGCGUGUUGGCCCACCACUUCCUUGUUGCUACAUCAAGCUGGUUUCUUGGGAAGAGGGUGGGUAUACAACAUCUGACAAACCAAUGCCUCGAGGAGAGAUCACAGUUGGUGGGUUUAGUGUAACCGAUGGGUACUUCAACAAUGAAGCAAAAACAAAGGAGUCAUUUAAGGUUGAUGAGAGGGGCAUGCGCUGGUUCUACACUGGCGAUAUAGGACAGUUUCACCCUGAUGGAUGCCUGGAAAUCAUUGACCGAAAGAAGGAUAUUGUUAAACUUCAACACGGAGAAUAUAUAUCCCUUGGCAAGGUUGAGGCAACUCUGAUGACAAGCAACUAUGUGGACAAUGUUAUGCUGUAUGCAGAUCCUUUCCACAACUAUUGUGUAGCUCUAGUUGUUCCUGUUCAUCAGCUCCUCGAGAAGUGGGCCAAAGAAGCUGGCAUCAAGUAUCAAGAUUAUGCCGAGUUAUGUGAAAAAGUAGAGGCUAUAAAUGAGGUCCAGCAAUCCAUUUCGAAGGUGGCAAAAGCUGCAAAACUGGACAAGUUUGAGACUCCUGCAAAGAUUAAGCUGAUACCGGAGCCCUGGACACCGGAGACUGGAUUGGUUACUGCUGCUCUCAAACUAAAGAGGGAACAAUUGAAGGCCAAAUUCAAAGUCGAGCUGCAAAAGUUAUACCAGUGAAGCACCCUAAUCAUUCUGCAUUUUACUCUGUGUUAUGUUCACUUCAUUAUCAUCUGUAUUGUCCUGUUAUCUUCCUCACCCUUUCCCACCACUACUGCUUACUUUUAGAAGUUCCUUUAGAUACUUUUGACCUAUAAUUUUGUGAGUUAUAGAUGAAUAAUUAUUAGACUGAAGAUGUUUGUGUGUGUGUGUCUGUGUGUUUUGUUUAUUUAAAUAAGAAAAGGUUCGAAGCGACCUAGAAAGCUCUUUGCUUGGAUGUAA